AGCGGGGACGGAACCGCUCCCCUUUUGUUGGUGCCGGCAGGGCCUGGAGGCGGUGGGGGCGGCCCGGUAUGGGCGACCAGGAAGCACUGCGGAAGAUCAUCACCACUUUGGCUGUGAAGAAUGAAGAGAUCCAGAACUUCAUCUACUCCCUCAAGCAGAUGCUGCAGAAUGUGGAGGACAAUUCUGCACGAGUGCAGGAGGACCUGGAGGGGGAGUUCCAGUCGUUGUAUGCGCUGCUGGACGAGCUGAAGGACAGCAUGCUGAUGAAGAUCAAGCAGGACCGCGCCAGCCGCACCUACGAGCUGCAGGCUCAGCUGGCGGCGUGUGCCAAAGCGCUGGAGAGCUCGGAGGAGCUGCUGGAGACGGCCAACCAGACCCUGGCGACGGCCAACAACCACGACUUCGCCCAGGCUGCCAAACAGAUCAAGGAUAGUGUGACGAUGGCUCCCGCCUUCCGCCUCUCUCUCAAGGCCAAGGUGAGCGACAACAUGAGCCACCUGAUGGUGGAUUUUGCCCAGGAGCGCCGCCUGCUGCAAGCCCUCGCCUUCCUGCCAGUGCCGAGCACCCCUGAGAUCGACCUGACGGAGUCACUGGUGGCUGAUAACUGCGUGACGCUGUCCUGGAGGAUGCCUGAUGAGGACAGCAAGAUCGACCACUACGUGCUGGAGUACCGCAGGACCAACUUCGAGGGGCCGCCCCGAGCCAAGGAGGAGCAGCCCUGGAUGGUGGUGGAGGGCAUUAAGGGCACUGAGUACACGCUGUCUGGGCUGAAGUUUGACAUGAAGUACAUGAAUUUCCGAGUGCGGGCCUGCAACAAAGCCGUGGCUGGAGAGUUCUCUGAGGCGGUCACUUUGGAGACGAGAGCGUUCAUGUUCCGGCUGGAUGCCAGCACGUGCCACCAGAACCUGCGCGUGGAGGACUUCAGCGUGGAGUGGGACGCCACGGGCGGAAAGGUGCAGGAUGUGAAGACAAGGGAGAAGGACGGGAAGGGCAGGACUGCGUCGCCUGCCAACUCCCCCGCCAGGGCUGUGCAGUCACCCAAGCGGAUGUCGCUGGGCCGCGCCGGCAGGGAUCGCUUCACCGCCGAAUCCUACACGGUGUUGGGAGACACCUUGAUCGACGGCGACGACCACUACUGGGAGGUGCGGUACGACCGCGACAGCAAAGCGUUCGGCGUCGGGGUGGCGUAUCGCAGCCUGGGCAAGUUCGAUCAGCUGGGCAAGACGUCGGCGUCGUGGUGCCUCCACCUCAACAACUGGCUGCAGGUCAGCUUCAGCGCCAAGCACGCCAACAAGGCCAAGGUGCUGGAUGUGCCCGUGCCCGACUGCAUCGGCGUCUACUGCAACUUCCAUGAAGGAUUCCUGUCCUUCUACAACGCCCGCACCAAGCAGCUGCUGCACACCUUCAAGGCUCGCUUUGCGCAGCCGGUGCUGCCAGCCUUCAUGGUAAGGAGGGCUGGAG